AUGUCCAAAGAGAAUGUGGAAAUCGACGUGAGAGGAUCGCUUUCUGAUAAACCCUCCGUGGAGUGGGUGGAGGAGUGUGUGUCGCCAGAGGAGAAGGCUACGGAUUUGGAGGAGUUUUCAGAUAUCGACGAAAAUAAAUUGCUCUGGAAAAUUGAUCUUCGCUUGAUUCCUCUUUUCACAAUCUUGUACUUGCUCAGUUUUUUGGACAGAGGCAACAUUGGCAAUGCCAAAAUCGAGGGCCUUGCUGAGGACUUGAAUCUACAAGGAAAUGAGUACAACUUGUGUUUGACGAUUUUCUUCAUAUUCUACGCCUCUAUGGAGAUCCCGUCGAACAUCAUCUUGCACCACGUCAAACCCCGCUACUAUAUUCCUACAACCAUGGUGUUGUGGUCAGUGGUGAUGACGUUGAUGGGCACCGUGAACAACUAUCACCAGCUCAUGGCCACCAGAGCACUUUUGGGAAUAUUUGAGGCGUCUUUGUUUCCGGGAAUUUCCUAUAUUUUGUCGAUGUACUAUAAGAAAUCGGAAAUUUUGGUGAGGGAAGCGAUUUUCUUUAGUGCUGCCUCCAUCGCCGGCGCCUUCUCUGGGCUUUUGGCGGCCGCCAUCUCGCAAAUGGACGGUAUUGGCGGCUACGAGGGGUGGAGAUGGAUUUUCAUCUUGGAAGGUUUGCUUACCUUUGUGGCUGCUGCGCUAUCCUACUUCUGCUUCCCGUUAUACCCGAAGGAAAGCACAUUUCUUACUCCCAAGGAGCGGAGGUUUGUGGUUCACAGAGUGAAGUUCUCGUCCAACGUGGAGAACCAAAAAAUGGUCGGCGCUGGCGCUGCUCUUUCCACAAAUUUGGGUGAAGAUAGCUCGAGCAACAUUUCCCACGUGUGGGCGGUUUUCAAAGACUGGCAGUCGUGGUGCCAGCUUAUGACAUACUACGGCGUUUGUGUGCCACUCUACGGUGUUUCUCUUUUCACUCCUACAAUCGUCAAGAACUUGGGCUACACUUCCACUCAUGCCCAGCUCAUGACGGCUCCCAUCUAUAUUGUUGCAGCGGUGUUCUGUAUCUUCCAAGCGUGGGUGUCCGACCGAAUCGGGCUCAGAACACCGUUCAUGAUUUUUGAUUUUGUCUGCAUCGCUGUCGGGUACGCUAUAUGUGUGGCGAUAUCGCCGGUAGAUCUGCCCAACGCCGUUUAUGGUGGUACGUACAUUUUGGCGCUUGGGAUAUACUCUGCUUUCCCCAUGGUGGUUAUCUGGUUUUCCAACAAUUUGGCUGGCUCGUACAAAAGGGCAGUGGGGAUGGCUUUUCAGAUUGGUAUUGGCAAUUUCGCCGGAGCCUUUUCGUCCAACUUCUACAGGACGCAAGACGCUCCCGACUAUAAACUUGGCCACGGCUUGGAGCUUGGGUUCGCCUUGAUGGGGCUCGUUUUCACCUUCAUCACCAUUGCGGGCUAUGUCAUCAGCAACAAGAAGAAAAAGAGGGACCUUGACCAAGGGAAGUUUGAUCACUGUCUGCCCGCAGAUCUUAUUGAGAUGGGGGACAAGAGCCCUCAUUUUGUGUACCGCUUGUAG